AUGGCCGAAGAGCAUGUGCUAUGCUGGCACAACAUUGAGGCGCUGCGCCGGCAGGUCCUGAGCUUCUUAAGCCCGCGCGAGAUCCUCCGUGCAUCAAGCACAAGUCGUGGCUUCCGCUUCGCUGCCCAGCACGUCGAUGCCAUCAGCCUCGUGCAGGCCACGCCGAUGAACACCAGCCUCGCCCACGUCGCACGCUUCUUCCGCGGCGCACGGCAGCUGCGCCUGACGCAGUGCUACCUGCCCACAGACAGCUUGCACGCGCUAGCUACGUUUGCGCACCUCCGCGACCUCGAUCUUUCGGACGUCGCCUUUCUCCAAGACGGCCACGUCGCCGCCAUCACACGCGGUGCGUCGCAGCUCACAUCCUUGACUGUUGUGAGCUGCCACUUGCUCGCCCACGUGCAUAUUUUCGCGCCACGCUCGCUGUCCCAUGUGCGCUUUGAGCGCAACAUGAACCUCAAGCAGCUCCAGAUUAGCGGCGACAACGUGGUCGUGACGCACCUGACCGUCACCGCGUCCGCUACGUUCCAGCAAGCUGACGCGCUUGUCCACGCACUGCCGUCGCUGACGCACGCUUCGUUUGCCGAGUGCGGCAUGCUCAGCCGCUUUGUGCUAGCGUCCGAGCAUCCGUCGUUGCAGGGCUUGGACCUUUCUCGGUGUCAUGUGCUCCUCGUUGUCGAUGUCCACACUCCACAGCUCCAGCGACUGGAGACCGAAGGCUCGAUGCAGCUAACGCACUUGGCCGUGCGCUCGUCUUGCCUUCGAAGGCUGGAGGCGUGCGUGAUGCUACACUUGCAGUCGGUCGCACUCGACUGCCCCGCCCUUGUGAAGCUCAACCUCACGGGGGCGUCACGCCUGACAGCGCGCGGUCUUCAGCUCCAAUGUCCGCAGCUCAAGCGCCUCCUUGUGCACAGUACAUCCCCUAUCCACGCCGACGACUUUGUGCAUCGAUGA